AUGGCUUCAGAUUCCAAGGCCUCGGCCGAUGAAUCCAACCAGAAUGACAUCAGUGUGAUGCACGACGAGAACAAAGUGGUUGGAGGCACACACCAAGUCGCAGAAAGGGGCACGCUCGCGACCAAUCAGUAUGGCGAGUCACUCAUCGUUUUUGACAAGGCGGCCGAAGCGAAGCUCCGACGAAAGAUCGAUUUUUACAUCAUUCCGACCGUGUCGCUCCUCUACCUUUUCUGUUUUAUUGACCGAGCAAAUAUCGGCAAUGCGCGAAUCGCAGGAAUGGAGAAAGACCUCGAACUCGUCGGAUACGACUACAACCAGAUCCUCUCCGUCUUCUAUGUUUCAUACAUUGUGUUUGAAAUCCCUUGCACCGUGCUCUGCAAGUACAUAGGUCCGGGAUGGUUCAUUCCCGCCACUUCCCUCCUCUUCGGCAUCUGCUCCGUCGGCACGGCUUUUGUGAAAAGUACGGCCGCUGCUUGUGGUGUGCGAUUUUUACUCGGCGUUUUCGAGGCUGGCAUGUUGCCCGGCAUCGCAUACUACCUCUCCAGAUGGUACCGUCGAAGCGAAUUGGCAUUCCGCCUCUCCCUAUAUAUCGUCAUGGCUCCGCUUGCCGGUGCUUUUGGAGGGCUUCUGGCGUCCGGCAUCCUGAAGCUUUCCCACUUCGGCAGUCUUCAUACUUGGCGUAUGAUCUUCGGCAUCGAGGGCGUCAUCACGAUUGGCCUAUCGCUCAUUUCCUUCUUCACCCUGACCGACAACCCGGGAACCGCACGAUGGCUAUCUCAAGAAGAGAAGGAUCUCGCCAUCGCCCGCGUCAAAUCUGAGCGCAUUGCCGCAACUGAAGUCCUGGACAAGAUCGAUAUGCCAAAACUUCUCAAGGGCAUCUUCAAUCCGGUAACACUUGGAACGUCAUUCAUUUUCCUCCUGGACAAUAUUACCGUGCAAGGCCUUGCCUUCUUCGCCCCUACCAUUGUCAGAACGAUAUACCCAAACAACUCGGUCGUGUCUCAGCAGCUCCAUACUGUACCUCCAUAUGUGGUAGGAGCAUUUAUCACCCUUCUAGUACCGUACCUCAGUUCUAUCACGGAUCGUCGCACCAUCUACUUCAUCGCCUCGGCUCCCUUGAUGAUGGUUGGAUAUAUCAUGUUUCUAGCGAGCACCGACGGCCACGUCAGGUACGGCGCCACUUUUCUUAUUGCCAUGGGUGCAUUCUCUUUCGGCGCCCUCUGCAAUGCACAGGUUUCCGCCAACGUCGUCUCAGAUACUGCGCGGUCUGCCGCCAUUGGCACAAACGUCAUGUUUGGCAAUAUUGGCGGCCUGAUUGCCACAUGGUCUUUUCUGCCAACAGAUGGACCAAACUACCAUAUUGGCAACGGCCUCAACCUUGCCACAUCGUCUGUUAUCUUCAUUAGCUCUAUUUGCCUCCUAGCCUGGAUGAAAUUUGACAACAAGCGACGUGAGAAUAAGAAUAUUGAGGAAGAAUUAGGUGGGUUCACUCAGGGUGCCAUCCAGGACCUUGAUUGGCAGCAUCCUGCUUUCCGGUGGAGGCCAUAA